CCACAUUUGUUCAGUGCCUGAAACGGAAAAGACGCAACAUCGGACUUUUGCUGUUUCCACGUGUGAGUGCUUCAGUCACGUUGGCAGGUCCACAGCGGUACAAUGAAAAGACCAAAGUUAAGAAAAGCAAGUAAGCGGCUAUCCUGUGCCAAACGUUAUAAAAUACAAAAGAAGGUCCGGGAUCAUAAUAAAAAGUUGAGAAAAGAUGCUAAAAAGAAAGGACUGAAGAAACAUGUAAAGAAGGAUCUCGGAGUGCCCAACAGCGCCCCCUUCAAAGAGGAGGUCCUCAGAGAGGCAGAGCAGAGGAGGCUGCAGAUUGAAGAAGAAAAAGAAAGAAAACGACAAGCCAAAAAGGAAGAGCGAGCCCAGAAAAGGAAAAAGGAGAAGGAAGCAGCUGUUAAAGAAACAGACCCCAGUGCCAAGAAGGCUCGAAAGGAUACCACAGCAAACAAAUCAGAGAAACCUUCAGGUCCAAACAAGAGCUCAAAACAGCACCUCUGCAAUGAACUAAACAAAGUAAUAGAUGCGUCUGAUGUAGUAAUAGAAGUCCUUGAUGCUCGGGAUCCGCUAGGAUGCAGGUGUCCACAGUUGGAGGAGGCUGUGCUACUGAAGGGAAGCAACAAGAAAUUACUUUUGGUGUUAACCAAGAUAGAUCUUGUACCAAAGGAAAAUGUAGAAAAGUGGAUAAAGUGUUUCCAAAGGGAGUUUCCAGUCAUGGCAUUCAAAGGUUCAACACAGAUCCGGGACAAAACUGUGAAAGCCAAAAGGAGAAGAGUCGUGGCCUCCAAUGAAGUCCUAGACAAAUCCAAAGGAGCAGCGUGCUUUGGUAAUGAUUGUCUUGCUGAGCUGCUAACAGUUUAUGCUGCUAAAACACAGAGUGAAGCUGCACUCAAAGUGGGAAUAGUCGGAUUUCCUAAUGUGGGGAAGAGCACCCUGAUUAACAGCCUGAAAGGCAUGAUGGCAUGCCAUGUUGGUAUCACUAAAGGCACCACAAAAACUAUGCAGGAGGUGCACAUGUCAAAGACUGUGAAGCUAAUGGACAGUCCAGGGGUCGUUGCGUCGCCGUCCAACUCAGCAGUCUCCAUGGCUCUGAGGAGCCUGCAGGUGGAGGAGGGUCAGGAGAGCGUGAUGGAUGCUGUAAAUACAUUGCUCAAGCAGUGUGAUAAGUCCCAGAUUAUGCUUCAGUACAACAUCCCAGACUUCAAGAAUUCCCUGGAGUUUUUGACUCUGUUUGCCAAAAAGCGUGGGUACCUGCAGAAAGGUGGCGUUCCAAACACAGAGCAGGCAGCCAACACUUUUCUGACUGAUUGGACAGGCGCCAAAUUAAGCUACCAUUGUAAAGUGCCGGGCAGCUACAGCCUCCCGAGCUACAUGACUGACGCAGUGGUCACUGAAAUGCAGAACGGCUGGGAUCUAGACAAAGUGAAGGAGGGCAACAAGGAGACACUGAAAGGUGUUAAAUUUCCAAACCUGUCAAGCAGCAUAAGCUUUGUCUCUAGAGGACCGACAGCGGGUCUGCUGACCGCGUCCGCCACUCCUGACGAUCCACCAUCCACAGAGAGAGAAGAGCAGCACAGCGAUGAGGAUGAUGAGCCUGAACAAACAGAGUCACAUGAAACAGAGGAACUUGAGGAAGCCCAGGAACCAGUCACAGAUAAACCCAGGCAGGUGCAAUUUCAGUCUGCCCCCGUUGACAUCAGCCUCUCUACAGUUUAUACCGAUGACGCCUACGACUUCAACACUGAUUUUAAAUGAACUCCUCCUUGGCUCUGGGUUAAUGCUCAUGUUCAUGCAGUCUUAGUGCCAUCCAGAGCUGGAACUGCUCAUGAUGCUCGUUUAUGGUGAACAGCUUUGUGUUUUCUCUCUUCUUUCCUCUGCCGUUGUCAUUUACAGGGUUUAACUGAUACCCGUUUUUCAGCCAGCCCAGGUGAGGUUUCAAACAAGCCAGGCUGAUUCCAUGAAGUAAUGUGGAAACACAAACUGCUGAUUGGUCAGAUUAUAUCACACAUGGGUGGAAACACGUUGUGUACACAUUUCGUUAUGUGCACAGAAAUUAUUACCUGCACAUGUUUACCCCUAUUUUAUCUGAAGACUAGAGAUGAGCUUUGUAGUAGUCAUAGCUUCCAGAAAAUGUCCACCUCAAUCUGGACAGAAGACUUUAGCUGACCAUCAGCACAGAGGAUGGUUCUCAGUCGUCAAAGCUUUAAAUGUGCUGCAUUGUUUGAGACCUGAUCCCAUCUGGACUUGCAUUAGGCUGUAGGAAACAAAGCAGGGAAUUACAGUGCUCAACUGUAUCAUGUUAUGGAAAUAUAGUUUUUGGAAAUGCCGAGUCACUUCCAGGAAUGCCGCUAAAUCCAAAACUCCUGCUUGUACUCAAACCCGAAGAACAAGGGAGCGUAUCUUGACUCAUGGACUUACCCUCGGCUAGGUUUUUUUUCCCCAGACAAAUCCGAUAAUGAUUUUCCCCCAGGUCAAUUUAUUGCCUAUGUGGCUGUUUAUUAUUAAACAGUUGUAUAUAUAUCUGAUUAAAGACUAGUGCGACAGGAGAUCAUUUCUAGGAUGUUCAUCUAUAACACUGUAUGAAGAUCUGCACCUAUAAAUCUAACAAGAGACAA